UCUCUCUCUCUCCCCUCGCCAUACACCAGACUGGUUCAUUAUGUUUCUAUUUACGUCUGGUUGCAUUUAGGCAGAGACGUCCGGGAAAAGACUCGCGCGCGGGUUCAACACGUGGAUGCUCCAUAUCCGAGCUUCGAUCAGCUGUUUUCCCGGGGCGUCGACGCUUCUAGAUUCUGCUACGCUUCGAGAGAAACGAAUGCAAGCUUCAACAUGGAAUAAUUUUGAAAGCAACGCAGAGCGUUAGGAAUUCUUUGUGAUUCCCUCGCAGAUGUUGACGCAUUCACUGCGUCGGUUCAAAUAUCGAAAAGCCUUUUGUAUUUUAAUUUUUGUAUGCUUGGGCGAAAUAACUUAGAGAGUCAAACAAAGUACAGAGCAGCGUACUGGAACGAAGAUUAUUUCUUGAAAUGAAGAUAUUUUUAAUGAAAGAAAAAUGCACUUCGGGGUAGGUAUUUGUAUUUUAAUAACAGUGAAUGUGGAAAUAAGGAAAUAUAGUGGAUAUUAUUAAAUAAAUUAUCGUGGCAGUAUUUCAAUGGUAGUUUUGAAAGCAAUAAAGACUACUGAAAUAUGUACAAAGAUGUAUGCAUCAGUGACUUUCUAUUUUAAGAUAUCAGUUUACGUAUCUACAUCGAAAAUAACUUGAAUAUGAAAUCUUAUUUCGAUAAUACGAAGUCUGAACCUUCGAAGAUCGAAAUUGCUAUAUACAUAGGUACAGAGUCAGAAGUAUGUCACUCUAUGUUGAAUAUCAUAUUGCAUGACGAUAACGUAGAUAUCGCUAUGUUUGCUAUUUAUGUGUAGUACAUCGAAUCAAUACUGUUCAUAUUUGAAGAUAUUCCGAGAACAGAAUCCCAAUCGUUUUAAGAUUCUGCUUCAAAUAAAUUCCUACGAAUGGAACAAGGUCAUCCAAAUAGAGUAGUUCAACUCAUACAAAAUUCAACGCACGAAAAAUCAAUUUCCUUCUUAAAUUAAUUUAAACUAUCCUAAAAUACUCCUAAUUUCAUAUCGAUGUAUCAAACUUUCAAAAAUCUAUUUAGAUCAAAAUGAAUAAAUACCACCUUCAAAAAUUCUUUUCUGCUCCAACUUAGUCGCGUUUACGAACUGUCGAUCGAGUAGAGUAGUUCGCAGAAGGGUGCGCAUGAGUCCCUUAAGCUUAAGGCACGCUUUCAGAGCUGGCAAAUAAUUUUACAUAAAAUCUACGAGCAGAAGAAGCGAUUCAGCCACUCCUUGCGUUUGUAAUUUCAAAGCGCCUGUAAAACCGCAAUUUACGACGAAGAGAAACAUUUAGAUCUCGAGCUCCGUUUUCCAUCGAAUUUACGCGAAACCGCGAAACGAAUCCAUCACGACCGGUUACCGAUCGCAAGGACUCGUUUCGAGUCGAAUUUUACUCGAAACAAACGAAGGUCGCGUCCCGUCGUCUUGUCUGCCGCGUGUUGUUUGGUUUCCAAGGCCUCUUCUCCCGAUACUCGCGACGAUCUCCCUCUUUUCUCGUUCUCUAUUAUCUUGUAAAUGUCCUGAUCGUUUCGAAUCAGCCGUUUAUCCCUUGAGAAUUGUUAACGACCUAACUCCGCGGAGAUCACGUUCACGUUCUGCGAUGACGCCGGUUCUCCGAGUGAUUUCUGCGUGACCUAAUGCGACUCGUACCAUGCGAACAAGCUUUACGCGUUAUGACGAGGAAUCUAGAACUUCUGCAUCCAGUGAAGACGAUUCUUGCUUCUUCUCGGAACUCGAUCUGUUAAAUCCGAGACGUUCUUGUCAAAAGUCGCGGUAUCUGCAUCAUAAUAUAAUAGGAACCAAGAAUCAUUCAGCAAACCAUUUCGAAGCAUCCAGAAGAGAUUCUAAUCACUGUUGCUGUUUUGCAAGCUACGAUCACGUCGAAACAAAAUUACUAUACGAUAAAGUAGUUAAAAAUACCAAGAACAAUCGUGCAUCGAGUUUUCAAUAUUUUCCGGAUUGUAGUCAUCGAAAGAAGCAUGAGGUAACCUUUGCCACGAAGAGGUCUUCCAGCGGCAGCAAGGAUCUUAGCGCCAAAUCUCCUACGAAACUUGGGAGGGGAAAAAGUACGCCGCGAAUAAUUCGUGCGAUCCGUCAACGAAGUAGAAAAUUCGAGCCGAACGAGGAUCGAUCGGAAUCACCGCGACCCGGAAACAGCAAGAGCAGCGUCGUUGUCCUGUAUCACGAGAAAUCAGUCGCGCCAGCCGUAACAACCCCCAAACCACCCCUCAGAGCCGUUCAGUCGGAACGAACGGUUACGCACGAACUGAGUCCAUCGGUUGUCCACACUGUUCGAUCCCCGCGUCACCAGAGGUCGAAUCUGGUUGAAAGUCCAGAGCACCGACCUCCCAUAUAUCUAACUGACCGAAGAAAAGCUACUUUGAGACGUCGACGUUUAUCGAAGCGGCGAAGACCACUCAACGUGCACAUUUAUCAGGACAGCCGCGUAGUACAGACUCGUUCUUUGUCGGAGGAUCAUCGUGUCGGACCUAAAGAGGUGCAGCUAGCAGAACAGAGAUCCGAUCUGGUUAAAUACACGGUCAAGUCUGCGAAAAAUUUGAUUAGAUCCGAAGGGGACUCCUCCACUCGACAAGACGACGAUUCGGAUGACCCCGAUCAAGAUAGAACGAACAAACAGUGGAAACACGAUAGAAUCUUCGGGGAACGAUGUUGUCCCUCUGAUAAUUCCGUUUCUAAACUAAUGGCUCGUUCCAGUCCAGGAAAAGACGGCGAUUGCAAGCAACACAAAAACGAAGCAGUCGGCCCAAACUUCAGCUAUUUAAUGCAGCAAAUGCAUACAAGGCCAAGGGAACGAGGUGACGAUCAUCGUGUAUUUAUCGGCGUAAACGGCGGGGACAACUCGAAACGAGUAUUUCCAUUCCAGGCAACCCCGAGCGGUAACCUGAAGAUCGUUCCUAAUCAGGUGGUGUUCGAAUCGAAGAAGGUCAGUGUGUUGGUUGCUGAUCCCAGACAUACAAAGGUUAACGUCAAGGCCGAAUUGAAUACAGCCCAAAAAGAGCUUGGUGAACGCAUAUCCGAGUCUUCCACACAACCGAGGUCCAUCGAUCUUCCACUAGGUGUAGUAUCGUCAUCGACGAUCAAUCAAUUGCAAAGUCACAAAAAGUUUCCGGUUGUCGAGGACAACUAUAAACCAGCAAUGCAUCCGUUCAAAGCUAAAUUCGGUCAAGUGGAGGCGAUGGAACACAAGCAACAACAGUCAACGUCGUCUGCGUCUCACGAAAUACCAGUGUUGCAAGAUGUGCCACUGUCCACACUCGGAUUUACGAGUGAACAACCAAUCGAUUGGGAUAACAUAAUUCUCCCGGAGAAGACUGACCUGUAUCAGGAGCUAGCCAGGCGUAUCACAAAUUACAAGAACGCUGACUGUAUCGUGCGAAUCGAUCAGGACGAGUUCCAUUGCCAUCUGUUGGUGCUACAGAGCUACAGUACCUUUUUCGACGAGAAGAAUUGCAAGGAGAUCGAUCUGACCGAGAGUGACGUAUCUUCGAAGGCGUUUUCGCUCAUUUACGACUGGAUGAUCAGUCCACAGAACGAGAGCUACAGGCUUUUACAAAGGGACAACAUCCUGGAAGUUUUUACCGCGUCCCAAUAUCUUGGAAUUAAAGAACUGGAAGAACAAUGCUGGGCUUUCAUAGACAAUGACGAAUUAUUCGCCGAAGACACCGCGUUUUUAUUAUAUCUGGAGGCGAAAAGAGUGGGAAAUACCGCAGUCAUGGAACUGAUGGUGCCGAGAAUUAUGAAAUUCUUUUUGAUGCUGGUCAGCACUAAAGAUUUCCUCGAGUUAUCCGUAGAUGAACUGUGCCUUUUAUUGAAGUCUAACUAUAUUUGCGUCAAUAGUGAAAUGGAAGUUCUUAUGUCUGCUGUACGAUGGUUGAUGCAUGAUUGGAUGAACAGAAAGCAGUACAUGUUGGAAGUUUUGAACUGCGUUCGAUUUGGGUUGAUCGCUCCAUGGCAAUUGGUAGAUGUGAAAAGAAAUCCAGAAAACCCAGAAUUUAUGGAACUAAUGUCUUCCCCUGAGGUACAGAAAAUGGUCGAUGAUGGUCUAGCUUUCGUUAUUAUAAAAUAUUGGUACGGUAACCAGACGGAAGAUUACUAUCACUGGAUCGAUCUAUUAGGGCUUACGGAGCCAACCAAUCGAAAUUGGGCUGGAGAGGACAAGAACUACGUAACGUAUCGAGAAUUUUUGCUUUACCUCGAAGAAUAUCAGAAAACGAAAAUUUCGGAGUUGAAAAUGCGGAAGAGUCGUGCAAAACCCAAGAUAAUCGAUUCACCUCACAACGAUUACACAUUUGCUGCUCCUAAAGCACCGAACAACUAUGUUCAAAGCUCAGGAGACACCGGUGCUAUUCACAAUGGGCCAGCAAUGCAUUCAAGGCACACGAAACCACUACCUUCAAAUUAUUUACCAUUGGAGAUGCCAGAGGGCAUGAUGAUGCCUCCAAAAUUUAUGAACGAAUACUUAAGCAACUUGGAAAGAAGCAAAGGGAACGACGAAAAGAACGUCGCCUUCGAUACGAGAUUCACCGGUGGCGGAGAAUCGCUGAAACUGUCCUGUAGGUUGCCUACAGUAGAAAAAUACACGCAUGAACACUGUCAACGCGGCGUGAAUUCACCGGACGCCGAUAAAUUGGAUUACGAGAGCCGGCAGGAGAGGAAUGCGACGGAUGUUUGCCGGUGCCAGCAGCAGCGCGAGUCGAAUUUCAUAUUUUCCGUAAGGAAGCAGAAGACGAGAUGUAAGAUACCGAGAGAACCGGAAGAACGCACAGACUCCUGCAAAUCCGAGGAGGAGGCCGCCACAACGAUACAGGCCGUUUAUAGAGGAUACAAGGCUCGAAAGAGAUUUGACGAAAUAAGGAAAUCAACAUCGGGGGAGAAGCAGAAUAUCAAGAAGAUAGCGGCACUUUUGGACAUCCCGAUGGACGAAACGCUUCGCGAUCCUUCGAUAGAGCCCAUCAGAAUAUCAAGCAGUUCAGUAAACCAAAUGAGAAAUGAGAAGAACGAAACGCUACUUACAUUGAAAUGCUCACCUAGAAACAGGAACAGGGAACAAUCGAUCCUUCGAAAUCAAAAUCAACACUACGUCGAGAAUCAAAUAAAUCAAUUCAACAUAUGUCCUCCUUGUUACACGACCGAAGAAAAACGAAAACAAAAUAUGACUCACCGAGAGACAUUAAAGUCUAUAAAGACCAUAAAAUCGCCGAUGUUCUUCUCGAACUACGACGAAAAAACCAGUUCCCCAUCGGAUAACACAGAUGCGGACGAUCCUUGCACUCCACGAAUCGGUGCAAAAUCGACGAUGCUGAAUCUCGCCGAUGUUAUAAUCAAUGAGAAAAACAGCGAGAAAGAUUAUUUAGAGAAUGAUAAUAUUCAACGAAUGAAUCCUGCCGCUAGAAACGUUCAAAUUCGAUCUACGAAUUAUAAACGACCUCUUCCACAGAGGAUAAGCAACAGUAUAAUAGCUUCGAACGAAGACCGUUACUUUCUCAACAACUCGCUGUUCUUUCCUGACAGAGAGUCGAUUCUUGUGUUCGGCGGGGUCGAUCCUCACGAGGAAUACGGCCUGCCCGGGAACACCGGCAAGGACAUAUACAGGUUUAAACCUGACCAGAAUAUUUGGGAAUUCGUGGGGGAAAUUCCACGAGCGAGACAUCAUCAUUCGGUCGCUUACUUAAGAGGCCGCAUUUACGUAGUGGGUGGAGCCGAUCCCCUGGAAGACAAACUUCACAGGAAAAGCAUUGCGGUUGGGAACGUUUGGAGUUACGAUCCAACUACCAGGACUUGGUUCAAUGAACCUGGCAUGCUGACAGCUAGAAAGGACUUCGGAUUGGUGGUCAGCCACGGGAAAAUGUACGCGAUAGGAGGGCAAGGCAGGAACGGGAUAGCUUUGAAAACGGUGGAGGCUUUUGAUCCAUCGGACUCCACGUGGAGGGAAGUGCAACCAAUGCAGACCGCGAGGGUUGGACCUGCCAGCGUGAAAUAUCGAGAUCUUAUCUGGAUCGCUGGCGGAAUGACAAAAUCGAAAAAAGAGCAAUUCUCGAAGGACGUUGAGUGCUAUGACCCGAUCAAAAAUUUAUGGCUGAAAGCGAUACCUUUGAGGUCACCUAGGUGCUUUGCCUCCUUCUACGUGGUGUCCGACUGUCUUUACAUGAUUGGCGGAGCAUCGUCUAUGGAAAACGUCACUGAGAGCGUCGAUUGCAUUGACGUGUGGGAUGGGAACGAUUGCGUUUGGAGGGAACACGCGAACAUGUCGAUCGCGAGACACGGACAUUCUACUGGCUCGAUAGGCGAUCAAUUGCUGAUAAUUGGAGGAAUAACUACGGUGUUCAUGAGGACCUUGAAUAGCGUCGAAUGUUAUUGUUGCGAUAUAGGAAAAUGGAUGAAGGGCGUAUCCGCGCUGCCGCAUCCGGUUUCCGGUCAUGCAACCGUGUCCUUGCCGCCAGCAAAUCUUCUGAUAAAUCGCUGAUAAUUGUAACAUAAAAUACAUUGAAUUCUCUUAUAUGGUGCACUUGAUAAUCAACACGUAUUAAGUACUUAUUCGAUCAUUAACGAAUUUGUAUUUAAUUAUUUUUUAAUUAUAUACCGUACUUUUUACAAAUAUUGUCUUACAAUUUACACGUGUUUAUAUAAUUAUAUACUCUUA